GCGUACCGCAAAAACAAAAACAAAUAAAACAAUGUUUUAUAAUUGCUGACGUCUUAGAGUCGAUGAUGGAUGAUGGGUCCAAGCUCUGCCUACCUGAAGUUACACCACAGCCAGUAAUCUUGGGGUGGUGGUGGUGGUUCCCAUCGUCCACCUCUGUCCUGGAAGGGGCCAGCUCCUGGAGACUCCCCUCUCCAGGAAGCACAGCUCGAGCUGGCCACUGUGACUGGGGAUCCCCUGGUAGAGGCACCACAGUCCAGGGUGAAAGAGACCAAACCCUUGGACCCGGCUGAGAUGGAGGUCGGCUCUGACCAGAACUUUCAAUGGACAGACUUCGUCAGCCUGUGACAUGGCAGCUCCAUUCUGGGGGGCCCCAUUUCCCUCUCCUAAAUGGUGCCUCUAACCCAGGAAGUGAAUUCUGAAGCGUCAAAAUUGGUUUGUGAAAUUAAGGCCCGUGAAAACUUGGCUCUAUGGCCUUUCGGUGUUAACAGGAAAUGAGCUGAACCCACUGGGCUAGGUCGCUGUCUUCCCCAGAUGCUCAGCUGCCACUGGCUGGGCUCGGAAGGCCCCAAAGGGGGCUGGACAAGGGGAGACAAGGAGCCGCAGAGAGUCGGCCUGGCUAACCACAGAGUGAGAAGUGGACGGAAUGGGAGACUUUCCACCUCCCUGACCCCCUCCUAGAAAAGCCCCGUUUAGGCCUCGGGCCACUGGGAGCUCUGGGUGGAAGCAGCUGGAGCUUGUGCGGCCUCGCUGAAUGAACACGUGCCGUGUGUCCUUAGUGGACGGAGCUGCCCGGUGGGUCGGCCUGGUAGGCCUUCUUCCUUCACCCCCACUUCCUCAGGACACUUGGCUCCUCUGUGAAGGUGAACCGAGCCUUUCCUAGACCUGGGGUCGUCCCCGGGGCAGCCCUCUCUCACGCACGUCCACCGGGGCCACUGGAGGUAGUUCACCCGGCUGGCUUUAUUUUCCUUGUUUCCCUGUGAGACGCACUCAUCACAGAGGAAGCCAGUGGAUACACCCGGUCUCAGCUGGUGGAGAUGCGGUAGGUGAAGGGCCAGUUCGGGGGACGGGCGGGCCAUUCUCAGGCGCCAAGAUAAUGUUCCAGGCCUGCCCCCGACCCCGCACCUGUAGGGCUGAUGGCCUGGCCCUCCGUGCACCCUUGGGGUCCCAGCGCGCCCCACCCACACAGCUCCCCCCGUGCCCCACGACCCUAGGUGCCCUGUGUUCCCGCGGCUUCCAGCGCGCCCCCCCAAGUACGGACGCCGGACUCCGCGGGUCCAGCCGGCUGACGCAUUUGAAACUGCCAGGAACCUCGGCCGGCCGGGCACGCGCCCAACGCCCGGGAGCGCGCCUCGUGCACGCGCGCCCCACCGCGUGACCCGCGCCGGCCAACCUGCGCGCGGGGAUUUGGGGGCAAAGCGCGGCCCCGCGAGCAGCUGCGGCGGGAGAGCGGCGGGCCGAGAGCGUGAGUCGCCCGCUCGGCGCUGUCUACUGCCCCGCCGCCCGCCGCGCGCAGCCAUGUCCGAGGAGAAGCCCAAGGAGGGAGUGAAGACGGAGAACGGCCACAUCAACCUGAAGGUGGCCGGGCAGGACGGCUCCGUCGUCCAGUUCAAGAUCAAGAGGCACACGCCGCUCAGCAAGUUGAUGAAGGCCUACUGUGAGCGCCAGGGCUUGUCAAUGAGACAGAUUCGAUUCAGGUUUGAUGGACAACCAAUUAAUGAAACAGACACCCCAGCACAGCUGGAGAUGGAGGACGAAGACACCAUCGACGUGUUCCAGCAGCAGACGGGGGGGUCCGGGCGGCCAGCUGCCUCUGGGGUGCAGCCCCUAGAGCCACCGUCCCCUCGUGUCACUGCGCUUGUGUUCGCUAUUGAACAGUGAAGGUGUGACCAUGCCCGCACCAGGGAGGCUCAGACACCCAGGACAUUCCCCAGAAGGACUUUGCUCUCUGAUGUACUUCAGUGCGGCCGCGGGGAUGUCCACGGCUUCCCCCAGCCCAUCACCCCGGUACCUCUGUUUGGGUAAAAUGUAUGGCGAGGGGUUUUGUUUUUGUUUUUACUUUCAUUUUUGUUUUUCCUCCCUCCUAUGACAUUUCCCCCAAACUUGUGGCCUGAGUGCCCACUUUCCAUCUAGGUGGGGCUCUUACCCCAGGUACUGGCCCCUACCCAUUCCAGUCAUGUAGAGAACUCACGUCACUGCUCUGGGGGUGUUUCCGUGGGGUGAGUUUUGGGGACACAGUCGGGAUGGGAGACAAACUUUCACUUACUGUUUCUUGCUGGCACAGGGUUUUUUUAAUGCUAAAUAUUACAAGUGUAAGCUUUGUCAGAAUAUAGUAAAGUUGAAGGGAAAAUACUGGAAUGUUUCUUAAAAGGUAAGAAGUUCUUCAGUAACGUGGCCCCGCGUGGGGCCUGGGGCCCAGGACCCAUCGCCACCCAUGGCCAGUGAUGCUGUUCAGGGGCAGUGAAAGUUGGCUUUUCCCCUUUUCCUUAACAGAGAAAAAAGUAAUUCCCACACGUCUCACCUGGUAAUAGUGCCGGGGCCUCAGAUUUCUUCCAGUAUUUGCUUCUGAUGAAUGACAGUCUGUAUAUAAAAAAGGAAGAUAGAGUAUUGCUGAUUUUGCAAUUAACGUUUUUGUGUAAAAGAGCUGCUUCAAAGUGUGGUUACGAGUGAAAGACGGCUCCGGGGUCUCCCCAUGGACUGUGCUCUGCUCCCCAAGUUGGUGUGGAGUUUACGUGUUACAUGUGAUUUCAGUUCUGUGAAGCAUUUGGGGUCUGUCCUGGUUAAACUCCGAGAGUUGUCCUGUUGCCCUCGUGUGUGGCCCCACUGCCGCCGGAUGGCCCGGCAUUGCUUGUUCGGGUCACCUGGGCAGCGCGACCACCGUCAUCUCUUGUCUGGCUGGCAUCUCGCUGAAGAUGUCUGCUUUUCCUUUGUAUUUUGCUCUUCGGGCACGGGUGGGAUGUCUGCUGGCUCUGUUGUGUUUACUCCCAUUUGUACAUUAUUUGUUGUCCUUUACUACUGUCAACAGUAAAUAUAGUUUGGUAUUCUGUCUCUCGGCUUGUAUCCAGCACUGCGUAUGGAGCUUGGGCGUUGUGUCAUGUUCAGUACUUGCAGCGACCCUCCAGCGAGGCCACUCACACUUCGAUCUAAAGGCCGGUUCACCGCUGCCCCCCUUCCUGCACCCGCGCAGGCUUCCCAGGCGGGUGGCGCCUCCUGCCGAGGACACCCCCUCACCCUCAGAACUCCCCUCCGUCCUCUCCUGGGUGUCCCGGGUGGAGGGUCGCCGUUACUCUGGGCUUCUCGAUAUUUUUGGUGUUUGAGUAUAAGACUUUUCCUUGGUGCAGUUGACAACCUACUCACUCAUCUGUUUGAAACGGAAGCGAGUGGCACUAAUUUGAGAACUUCCCUGCGUGCCACGCUGUGACAGCACCAGGGUGCAUCAGGUGAGGUAAGCACAAGUUGAAAGGUCAAGGGCAGCCGGGCAGGGGGGCACUUGAUUCACUUACAGCAGCGGCGGGAGGUGAAGGCGCAGCACAGCGACUGGGUCGUGUGCCAGGUGCCGGGGCGGGUGGCGAAGCCCGACAGGGCAGCCCCUGCACUUGUGCCGAGAGGGACACGCCAGGGUGCCUUAGGUUAGGAGCAGCGCUGUUUCCUCAGGGGUCUUAGAACAGUGCUGCUGACCGAAGAGCAGGCAGCGUCCUGGCGGUUGUCUUUUAUCUUAUAAAUGUGUGCACAUUGUGCAUUCGGAAUAAUCUGUUGAUAUCGAUGUUUUUAAAAUAUUGUUACCUAAACCCAACUCCCAGAAUCUUUGGGUUAAAUUGAUGCUUCAGUAGGAGACAGGCCCUAUUGAUGCUGUUAUUGGUGCCCUGGGUCCCAGCCGGCACUUUCUCAGUUCCGGUACCGCAAGUCCCAUGUCCCAGGACCCCUCAGUUCCAGGCGCAUGGGCGAUGCCAGCCUGGCUGUGCUGCACAGCACAGGUGGGGAAGCAUGUGUUAAUACUGGCUCUGCCACAAGACACAGGUUCCAUGGAAAGGAACUGCAAAAAGCAGAUCCUUCUUGUACCUCAGAACUUCAGUUCCCAAAGAAACUUGCUGGCCUGUCCAGUGGACCAAAGCCUCUAAGUAUUGAUAUCACACACCUGCUACUCAGAACCCUGGGGGUACCAGGACCGACUGACCGAGCAGAGAGUUGCCAGAUUGAGUGAAUAAAAUACAGGGUGCCCAGUUACACUUGAAUCUCAGAGAAGACGUGUGGAGGGGGCCUGCUUCCCUGAAGGCGAGGCCGUCCCACCAGCCACAGUGAGGUGAGAGCCUUCUGUUAUGUUGAGCACCUCAUGUUUUGGGUUUUUGUCACUUGAAACUAAUCCUGGUACAAGCUGUGAAUACACACACUGCUCUACAACAGGAAAAUGAUGUGACAAAGACAGCAGUGACACAGACGUGGACGCAGCUAAGAAAAUACCCAGCAUCUGACAGGUGCUGUUGUCUGAGCGUCAUAAUGUUGAUGACAAUGCUUUUCAUCACCCACACUUCCUUUAGGUGACCAAGUGGAGUUUUCCUCUAGCCUCCAUGGGAACCACACCCUCUGACCCCUGACCGGCUUGGGGGGAUGGGGUGUGGUUUGAUUGCAGAGAGGGCAACUACUUGAACAGGUGAAGCGCAUGAGUAUUUGUGCAAAUCCAUUACUCUUUGGAACUGUCUAAAAGUACUGUGUUGUUUUUAUAAAUCACCAUGGUCAUUUGAAAA